AUGAAUUGCACUCGCCAUAUUCAUUUUCCAAUAACAUCCAUAUGUAUUGCCCCUCACUAAUGUUAAUGCUUAAGGAAACUUUGCAAUGAUUGCCAAUAGGAACACGGAGUUGAUAUUAGAUACAUAAUUCCUACUCAUAGAUUUCAAGAUCUGGUUAUAAAGUAAUUAUAAGAUUCCACGAUUGAUGAAAAUUCUGAAUUCACAGAAUAAAGAAAGAAUUUUUUAAUGAUUCUCUCUCAAACUGAAAGCAUGCUGAAAAAUACAUGGCAACAUUUAUAGGAAUCAAUUAAAUAAAUAUAUGAUUCAAUUAAGAUGCAGGAUAAAUCAUAUUUGAAAAUCAUGAACAAAGAUUUCAAUCCUACAGAUUUGUCAAAUACGGACUUAGAGAAAUUAAUAUAAAUUGUAUAAGGAAAAACUUUAGAUGAAUGGAAAGCUUAGAAGGAUUCUUAUUUGUAGAAAUUAUAAAAGGUAAAGGAUUGGUGGGAGAAAGAAAUUAAGACUUUUCAAGAAAAGUUGAUGAAAGAAAUGGACGAAAAUUUGUCAUUAAAUUUUUAAGUAAAAUAAUAACAAAAUGAAUUGAAAUCUCAAUCAUAAUUCAAUCUUAAAUCAUUUAGUUAUGAGAUAAUUUAAGCUAAUUCUAUUGAAUAAUAAGAAUUUUGUGCUGCAGUUGCUAUUAAUAAAGAUUGUUCAAUUGUAGCGGCUGGUUGUAAUAAACUAAUUAAAAUAUAUGAUUUCAAAUAAGGAAUGUUGAAAUAAAAUCAAGUUUUAAAAGAACAUAAAAGCGAGGUAACCACUUUAAAUUUUAUGAAAUAAUCAAAUUAAUUGAUUUCUGGAGAUUAUGGAUCUAUUUUAAUUUGGUCAUAUAAUAAUAAUAAUUCAUGGAUUUGUUCAUAAAUUAUUAAAGGUCAUAGUGAUUGGAUUAAAUGCAUAAUUUUGAAUAAUAAUGAAGAUCUUUUUCUAUCCAGUAGUAAUGAUAAAACUAUUAAGUUUUGGGUUAAAAAGAAUGAAUGGAUCUGUUAAUAAACAAUUAACGAUCAUAGUAAUUGCGUUUAUCAAUUAAGUUUAAAUGAAUAACAAAAUCAAGUUAUAUCUUGUGGAUAAGAUAGUUUGAUAUUAGUAAUUGAGUAAUCAUAACCUAAUAAAAAUUGGGUUGUAAAAUAAAAAAUACAAGUAGAUUGUUAUGGAUUUCGAUUAUGCUUUAUCAAUGAUAAUCUAUUCACAUUUCAACCUAAUAAUGGCAAUUUGAUAUAUGUUUAUGAGUUGAAUAGUGAAUGUGAACAUUUCAUUAAAUCAAAAGAUAUUACUAUAAAUCAAGGUAAUGAAAGUUGUGUAUUAUUUCCAUAAUAAUUUAUUAAAUAAAAAUAAUUACUUGUGAAUAAACAUGUAAACUCUAUAAAUUUAAUAAGAUUUACAGAAAAUUCUUAAUUUAAAGUUGAGUAAUCUAUUCAAUUUGGCACAAAUGAUAUAUUUGGAUAAUUAAGUGAUGAUGGAGAAUAUUUGAUUACUUGGGAUUAGACAUCAGAUGAAAUAUAAAUAAGAAGAUUUAAAGAAUAAUGA